CGACAUUCGUUGAAAAGCGUUGAUCACUGUCAAGCUCUCACAUGUCUGCCGAGAUCCCUUCGAUGUCAAAUCACAGCAGCGUCGACGGCAGAGAUGAUUGCGAGUCUCUUCGCCGACCCAGUCUCUCCGUAAAGAUGCAACGUAGCCUGAAGAGAAUGAGAAAAAGCAUCCAAAAAAUUACUGAGAGCCUCCAAGAGGAUGAUAAACAUUCAUUAUAUAUCUUCCCCGAGCAACUGUCCACUCUAACUUGGCGCACCGGAUUUUCCAAGGAUGAAAUUCGCAAAUUAUAUCGCGCCUUCAAGCAGCUGUGUCCCAGAGGAUGUGUGACAUCCAGCGACUUGAAGCCAGCGUAUGCCAAACUAUUUCCGCUUGGCGAUUCAGGCAGAUAUGCGCAGAUCGUAUUCAACAGCUUCGACAGGGAUGGCGACGGGAUCGUUAGUUUCAGCGAUCUUCUCGGAACCAUGACAUCGAUUGUCAACGGCAACGUAGACCAGAAGCUCUCCUGGAUAUUCAGGUUUUACGAUCUAAAUGGCGACGGUUGUAUUACGAGAGAGGAGAUGCUGGUCAUAGUAUCUGCAAUUUACGACAUGGUGCAGAACGCGCAAACCAUCCAGUCCGUAAUUAACAAGCAAGUGGACAGAUUCUUUGAGAAAAUGGAUGCGGAUAGAGAUGGCAUAGUCUCCAGAGAAGAAUUCAUGAGCGGUUGUAAAAAUGUAUGGGAAUAUAUCUCACUAAAAAUAACAUUAUUCGUACUUAGCACUAGAAAGUCCUAUUUAAGGUUGGGUAUACAUUAUGACUGAAAGUUAUCAAAAUUUAAACUACUUCUUAAGUUUACCUAGAGAUUUUAUGAAAAUUCUAUUUUUUACAGGAUGCUGUUAUGUACAACCAGUUGUUUUUAUUUAACAAUAUCUGGUGAUGGAAUGAAAAUAAUCUUAAGAGAUUAAUAAAUAACUUAUACUUGA